UUGAUUUUGUGGGUUGUCUGCUUGAUUCGUAGCUUUCAGAAGAAAAACAAACAGGAAAUUUCAGAUCGGUUUGACUAAAACGAUAAACAAAUUAAAGAUACUUAUGGGUAAUAACAACGGAGAUCAAGUGAUACUUGCGACAGGAGGCUAUGAUCACUCGAUCAAAUUUUGGCAAGCACACAGCGGUGUGUGCACUCGUACCGUAACGCAUCCCGAGUCCCAAGUCAAUGCACUUGACAUUACUCCCGACAGCCAGCUUUUGGCAGCUGCUGGAUAUCAACAUAUUCGCAUGUACGAAAUCAACUCAUCCAAUCCGAAUCCCAUAGUUAAUUACGAAGGUAUAUCGCGAAAUGUUACGGCUGUUGGUUUUCAUGAAGAUGGACAUUGGAUGUACACUGGAGGAGAGGACUGUUCUGCGAGAGUUUGGGACCUGAGAACAAGGAAUUUACAAUGCUCUAGAAUAUUUCAAGUCACAGCUCCUGUAAAUUGUGUUUGCUUGCAUCCAAACCAAGGAGAAUUAUUGGUAGGCGAUCAGAGUGGUGUCAUCCAUAUCUGGGAUCUGCGAACAGAUCACAAUGAACAACUGAUUCCAGAGCAAGAUGCAUCAAUCCAAGACAUUUCAAUUGAUUCUUCUGCAAAUUUCAUGGCAGCCAUCAAUAAUAAGGGUAACUGCUAUGUUUGGAGCUUAACUCCUGGUACCAAACUACCUGAUGGAGAAGAAGGUUCAACGCCAACUCAGUUGCGACCGAAAAGCCGUUUACUAGCCCACAAACGCUAUGGUCUCAAGUGUAAAUUUAGUCCUGAUGCUAAGUAUUUGGCAACGACGUCGGCCGAUCAAACGGCAAAGUUAUGGAGAACUUCAGACUUUACUCUUCAUUCUACACUGCAAACGGAAAAUCAACGUUGGGUGUGGGAUAUAGCGUUCAGUGCUGAUUCGCAGUACGCAAUAACAGCUUCUUCCGACAACACUGCGAGAUUGUGGAGUAUUGAGACCAGCGAGAUAGCUAAAGAAUAUAUUGGUCAUCAAAAAGCUGUUACUUCUCUGGCAUUUCAAGAUGGAACACCGUAACAGAAUAUUUGAUGUGUUUUGUUUGUUUGUUUCCUUUCCUUUUUGUUCUUUUUUCUUGUAUAAUUUUUUUUCUCAUUGGCCUUGCUACAAUGCUCGAAAAAUGUAAA